AUGUUUCUCACCUUCUCCGCCAACAAGAAGGCACCAGACGUGUCCACGCUGAGAGGGACUGCUCCCCUUGAAGACCUCCUACGUACCCGUGCUCCAAAGCCUCCAAGCUACGCAGUGAGCGUGGAGGUCUACGUGCGGAGAGAGCCAGAGGUCAACGUUGACCUCCACACGGAGACCUGGGUUGUGGACAGGCAACCAGAGCGACCCUUGGCCCGCGGCCACGUCUUGACCCUCCGAUCUCUGGACCACGUGAUCGGAUCGGGCAGGAUAUCGACAAUCACAUGCCUAGCCCGGCACUGGGUCACGUUCCGCCUCGCCGGGGCACGUGAAGGAACGCAGAUCCGGGUCCCGGUGCCCUGGGCCGGCCUCAGCGGCUACAAGAUCCAUAUCCAUGCGACACAAUUUCACAUGCUUUCGCCUACCCCCGAACCUCACGAGAUCUUUAAGGACACCCCGCCCUUCGCGGAUCCGGACGUUAAUCCGUACGAAUUCGAUCUCACUGCGGGAAAGGAGAUCUGCCUCCUCGCCAAACUGCGUUCGGAGCUGGAGGAUAUGAACUAUGACGGGCAGGAUGGAGAGGACUAG